UACUACAACAAAGAACGAAGACUAGAGAGUACGGAGAUCUAAAUCUAACAGCAACGGUAAAAAAAAUCGAAAUGAUAAAGAUGGAAUCACAGCCGUCGGAUCCCAAAGAAAGCUAACUACGUACUGCUUGCUUUUAAUAAGAGAGAGAGAGAGACAGAGAGAAGUCGAUCGUCUCUUUUCUUGGGAGGGGAAUCUCAGUGACAGAUCUCUGAUCUCUCUCUUGUAGGCUUUUUUCUUUCAAAAAAUAUUUUAUCUUUUAUUUAAUUUCUUAAAUAAAAAUAGUAGUAUUUCUGUAUAUUUUUGUCAACUAUUUUAAGAAAUACGGAAAAAAAUAGUACGAAUUUUUGAAGUAAAAAAAAGGGAACUAGUAUUAAAGAAUUAGACUUUGAGUUGAUGAUCGAAGUUUGUCUUUAGUUUUGUACUCUGUCCCCUUCUAUUUCUUUUUGAUUUCAAAUAUCUUAUUCUCUCUCUCUCUCUCUCUCCCUCUAAAUCGCGUUGAGAUUUGAAUUUUAUUUUUCAAAUAUUUUUAUCUGAGCAAGAGAAAAAGAGAGAGAGAGAAGAGGAGCUGGUGUUUGUUUGUAUCGUUUGGGAGUUAUAGAAGAAGAAGAAGAAGAAGAAGAAGAAGAGAGAGAAGUCAGCAGCAGCAGCAGCUUUGUCUUUGUAUUCUUGCAAGAUCCUCUUUCAUUUCAACUUCAACAGCUCCGCUUUUGUUUAGCUACCUUCUCUUCUUUCAUUACACAACAAAAAAACAACUUGGGAUCAAGUUUUUGGCUGGACGCAAACCCCUAUUUUCACACUCAAAAGUCAACUACUAAAUUGAAGAUAAUUAGAAUCUGGAAUUGUCUGUGAAGAACUCAGGGAAAAAUUGGAUUCAAGUGCAGUUAAAGGAACAAAGUGACAGGUUGGAGUCGAUACAGUCCAAUUUCAGAUGAGGUUUCAUUAGCACUUAAUCAAACACAGAUCAAGAAGAGAGAAUAUAUGUUCAAAUAGCCUAAAGAAAGAAGCUGUUCUUUUUUUGCAAUGGGAACAAUGGCAGAAUUGGGAACCAUGGGGAAGUUUGGAGCCAUGGCAGAAGAGCAGCAAGUUAACCAGAUGGUCAUGGAUAAACAAUCAGCAGAAGAAUGGCUAUCGCGUGUCCAUUCACUAAUACCAUCAGUGCUCAGCAAGGCCAAAACGGUUAAUAAUUUUGCAGGACGAUGGAAGACCAUAAUCUCAAAGAUUGAUCAGAUUCCAGCUUGUCUAUCUGACCUCUCAAGCCACCCUUGUUUCUCCAAGAACAAGCUCUGCAACGAGCAGUUACAGUCUGUAGCUAAGACGCUCAACGAAGUGAUAGAGCUUGCAGAGUUGUGUUCAACUGACAAGUAUGAAGGGAAGCUGCGUAUGCAGAGCGAUCUCGACGCUUUAUCUGGAAAACUGGAUUUGAAUCUAAGAGACUGUAUGGUUUUGAUCAAGACCGGCGUCCUCGGUGAAGCCACAUUACCUCUAUACAUCUCAAGUUCACUGGAAACACCAAAAAUUUCGAGUUUAAAAGAACUUCUAGCGAGGCUUCAGAUCGGUCACUUGGAAUCAAAACACAAUGCUCUCGAAAACCUCCUCCGUGCAAUGCAAGAAGAUGAAAAGAUGGUUAUGCCUUUGAUCGGACGAGCCAACGUAGCAGCUUUAGUCCAACUGUUAACAGCAACUUCGACAAGAAUCAGAGAGAAAGCUGUGAAUCUCAUCAGGGUAUUAGCGGAAUCAGGACACUGCGACGAGUGGCUUAUCUCCGAAGGUGUAUUGCCUCCUCUAGUGAGGCUAAUCGAAUCAGGAAGUCUUGAAACCAAAGAAAAAGCUGCAAUAGCGAUCCAGAGGCUGUCCAUGACAGAGGAAAACGCAAGGGAAAUCGCAGGACACGGGGGGAUCACACCGCUGAUCGAUCUCUGUAAAACAGGGGAUUCUGUGUCACAAGCUGCGUCUGCAGCUGCUUUGAAGAACAUCUCAGCAGUUUCAGAGCUGAGACAGUUACUUGGAGAAGAAGGAAUGGUUAGAGUCGCGAUCGAUCUCCUAAACAAUGGGAUACUGUUAGGAUCAAGAGAACACAUGGCGGAGUGUUUGCAGAAUCUCACUGCAGCGAGCGAAGCUCUACGCGAAGCCAUCGUUUCAGAAGGCGGAGUUCCGAGUCUCUUAGCAUACCUAGACGGUCCGUUGCCGCAAGAACCGGCGGUGACGGCGCUGAGAAAUCUAAUCCCGUCGGUGAAUUCAGAGAUGUGGGUGGCUCUCAAUCUGCUGCCACGACUGACACAUGUGCUAAAGUCAGGAUCUUUAGGCGCGCAAGAAGCAGCAGCAUCGGCUCUAUGCCGUUUCGCGUGCUCGCCGGAGACGAAAAGGCUAGUGGGAGAAUCGGGGUGCGUUGCGGUGAUAGUGAAGCUUCUGGAAUCGAAAUCAAACGGAUGUAGAGAAGCGGCGGCGCAGGCGAUAGCGGGAUUGGUGACGGAAGGAAGGAUUCGGAGGGAACUGAAGAAAGACGGGAAGAGCGUGACGAACCUAGUGAUGCUGUUGGAUGCAAACCCAGGAAACACGGCGAAGAAGUACGCAGUGGCGGGGCUGUUGGGGUUGUCGUCGGGAAGCGAGAAGAGUAAGAGAAUGAUGGUGUCGUACGGAGCAAUAGGGUAUCUGAAAAAGCUGUCGGAGAUGGAAGUAAUCGGCGCCGAUAAGCUUCUCGAGAAGCUCGAAAGAGGAAAGCUCAGAAGCUUCUUCUUUCACCACCGUUAGUUAAAAAAGUAAAAACAACAACCGGUUAUUAUGGUUUGAUGUAAGUUUUAUAUAUAUACCAAACCACCCGUUAGUAUUUUGGGCUGUUGUUUCUCAGUAGCUGUUAAUAUGGGCUUUAUAUUA